CGCUGCGUCCUGGGUUGUUUAAGAAGGGAAGCAAGAACCCAAGACGCGAGGUCAUGCAGAAAUUCAUCGAACUCCAUGAAACAGGGUUCAAGGCUGACAAGGUCACGGAGUACAAGGAAGCCUUGAUGGAAACAAUUAAGAGAAUGAAUCAAUGGAGCAACGGUUAUGAAAACGGAUUGAUUGCGACGAAGAAGCGCAGAUUGUUACGGAGGCGUGUCCCGAAUGUCAACCGGUGCCGAAGGAGGUGUUCAAGGAUUUCCAACUCCCAAGAGUUUCCAACCGCUUUCCCCACUGCUUCGAUCACCAGUUGGAGGAUGUACUGAAGUGGUACGCCACGUCCCCCCGGAAGCGACCCAAUUCAGCCGGAGAACCAGGCGACCUUGGUUGUGCGAUGUGCACAUGGAGGGAUGGCGUGGAGACGGUGUAUGCCGGCAAUGCAGCGGACAGUCUUGAAGCGCAAGGCGCCAGGGACAUCUGGACGUCGGCAACACCCACCAGGAACUGGUUGCGACAGUACACCGAACCGGAUGGAUGCGGGCUUCCAUUUUACCAGCAGGACACGAUGAAGUACAUCGUUUCCUUGAUGACCCCCAUUGACUUAUAUCAUCUGAAGCGGGUUUCAUCGGCGUUCAACUUCUACGCAGAAGAAGAAAUAGCUGCCCGAGCUUCCAAACCCGAGGUCAUCUUCAAAGCUUCGGAUGUGGAUAACUACACCAAUGAAGGCAUCCAUCCUCCGUGUGACAGGUUGUACUGUGAAGUUCGAAAUUUUAGCAAGAAGCUGUUUUGCGUAGUGUCCAACCGCACGAAAUGCAUCACCUUUGACAUGAGGGAAAGCAACGGGGCCUACAUCAAUCAUAUGCACGACCAUUUCUGCACGGUACUGCUGGUUCUGCAGGACGUUGCACCGGAGCUGCGCCAUAUCACCGUUAGGGGAGGUUUCAUGAGUGUUAGGGCGAUUCUGGAGACCGUGGAAUGGAUAAACACGCUGGAGUUGGAGGACGUCUAUGUCUACGGAUUCCGCCAUCUUAUUCCUGGAUAUGUGCACUCGGACAUGUCGUACCUUGAGUGCGGGUGGAUGAGAACGGAGAAAUCAUAUCUUAAGCUUAAUGCUUUGUUCGCUCGUGGAGCAAACCAGCCUCACCAUGUCAUCCAUGUCGCCGAGGAAUUGCUGGACACUUUCCAUCUGACCUCCAAGGAUCCACUCCCCCAUCUGAGGACUACGCCUCAUCUACGUACGGUUUGGCGGACAAUCUGCGAGUACUGGUUAACACGCCUGGACUGCCGCGGGAUCGAUGCAGUGGAGAGCAUCAUGCGCAAAGUGACAUCCAACGACGCGUUCUCAAUCUACAGUGCAGUGCGUAUUUGUGGAGACGAUAUGAACAUUGGCUACCUCAACGAAUUUCGGUACUAUAUGUUACGUUUACUACUAGCUGCACGCGGUAUGGCUUUUCCACGUAUGAUUAACUGUUUCUGUAAAUUGUGUCACCAGGCACAUCAAAGGUUGUUGAUAGACGCAAAAUCUUGUUUUGGCAAAGGAACUAGUUUACGUAUGCUUGAUUAUGCUUUGUAAUCUUUGGUCACAAACUUUGACUUCUGUUAGCUUUCUUCUUUUUUUUUUCGCGGGUGGUGGGUAGCCCUUGUUUACGAUUUGCUGUUAGUCGAUAAGGCGUGUUAGAACUUGACCGAUUUUAAUAAGAAUAACAAGUAUAUAAAGCCGUGAACGUCAUUCAGCAGGGUAAUCAUAAUUCGAAGGAGUCUCUUGAGUUCAUUAGCUGUGUACACAUUACAAGUUGUGUUUAUUGAGCGAAAAAUGGAUGAGCAUUCUGACAACCACGAAGAAGAAGAAGAAGAAGAUGGCUUAGGUAGCAUCCCUAGCAUUUCAGAAGAUAAUCUGCUACUUGAGCAGGUAGCAGAUACUUAUUCUCAGAAAUGGAAAACUGCACUUGCGGUUUUUCAGUGCCGCAUCGCGCCCGAGUUGUUUGAUGUUCCGUUUUCACGCCUCUGUGGAGUAAUAGAAAGCAUUUUUGAAGAACUGCUUAACAGAAUUUUGGUAGACAAAAUUCAGCCUUGGUAUAUGGUACGCGUGCAAUUAUACAGCGAUCAUUUGCGAAAGAAGAUUCCUAUUUGGACACCGUUAAUGCGGCGGGACGAACUAACUGUGGAUCGUAUCAUGGCGCGCGUGGAACGGGUGAUGCAAAGUUCAACAAGCUUUCGCUUGGAUGAAAGCUUCAGGAUUGAAGUCCAGUACACAGAAACGCCGGAUGGUGGAGGUAAUGACAAUCUAGUGAUUCCUGAAAGCGUUAAAAGGCUACUGAAAAACAAGAUGUCUAUCGUGCGCAUAAAGAACGACGAUAAUUUAUGUUUACCACGGUCCCUAGUAACGGCUAAAGCCUUAGCAGAUGACGAUCUGCAGCUGUAUUCAACGCUACGUGACACCAGGGCACAUAAGCACCCAGAAAAGCAGCAUAAGGAUCAGCAGACAUUAUUGGCGAAACAGCUGGUAAUAGCUGCAGGCCUGACGGAGCGGCGCUACAGCCUGGACGAC